AUGGCUGAAAACUUGCAAUCUUCAACCUUUUCUUCUCUGAAUGCGGAUCCGCCCCAGAUCCUGAACUUUAAAGGACUCGAGAACGUCCCUACUAGCGGGCUCGCUUUUAUUCCAUUAUCGCCUUUCAGAGAACGUACGGCAUCUUCAAAUCCGGCUAUUUCGGCCGCUACUACGGCUGUCCAGGCCAGCACGGAUGAAAGCCAAUCGCACUCGGAUUCCAGCUCGGGCACCGACAGUAGUAGUGUGCGGAGCAGUGCCGAGGAGAGCAGUGCCGGAGAGGAGAGCGCCGCCGAGGAUAGUGCCGACGACGAUGGCGAGGCUCUUGACAGCGAGGCGAACAGCACCGAUAUCGAGAACUAUAUACGCGAAUCCAUGAGCAACAAUGUCGAGGGAGGUUAUGGAGAACUUGGCGGCGACAGCGACAGCGGCGACGACGACGACGACGACGACGACGACGACGACGAUGACAACGACAACAACGAUGACGAUGACGAUGACGAUGCCGAUAGCGACGACAUUGACGAGCAGCUGAUCUUCGAGUCCGAUCACGAGCCCAGUCCUGAGUACGAUCGAGUGCCAAAUCAUGGAUUCGGCCACAACACCGACGACAAGGAGCUGGAGCCAGCUCAGAUCCUCAGUGACAUUGUAGCUGUUCCCCAAGUGGUUGGAGACCUUAGGGUCAAUACGCAACCUGCUGCUACUCCUUCCAGACUGGCCACAGCUAUCGUCGCUGCUGCGCCUACGUCAAUAGUGCCAACGAAACGCAAGGCUGGUGGCGAAUGGGAUGAAGCUCGAAGAAAACAAUUUUCGGCCGUCAUGAAACAACGAUGGGCAGACGGCAGAAUGUCCCACGUUGCAGAUACCCUGAGGAAGAACAACGCCCUUAGGUCAAAAGAGGGGAAAAAUGCGAUACGGGGUGCUCUGGACACGCCGGCAGAUCAUCCAUCGGCAUCGAAGGCAGAAGCAAAAGAGAGUAUUCCAGACACGCUGACAGGUCAUCCAACAGCGUCGGAGGCAAAAGCCAAAGAGGGCGCUUAUACGCCAACAGACAUAGCUGCUUCGGGUCGACCCUAUCGUGAAUGGAUUGAGAAUGGCGUGCCAGGUAACUUGGGGCCUGGGUUUCAUGAAGCGACGCCCAGAGGAAAGGGCGCCAUUGUCGUCUCCAUGACAAAUAACUCCACGUCAAUCGAUGAUCCCAUGGCCUUGGAUAAAGUCCCACGCGCCACUUCAUCGUCAGAACCGGUUGGGGACAGAGCCAGCAUAUGGGCAUACAUCGAGCCGCUCCUGGCCAAGCAUAGAGGGCGAGAGAUGCCCCACGGCGGCUAUGUCUGGGAGCUGAGCAUCCUCCCUCGGGUGCGAGACCUGAACAUCAACUUCGAAUGGCAGCGGACGCAUCCCUUCACGGAUGUUCAUCCCAGGGAUGUAUCGGCGGUCAUCAUCCAACUGACGGGAGAACCUGCUGCGACACCUUGCAAAAGGUGUCAGGAGGGUAGGGGCCCUUGGAAAGGUUGUAUUAUAAUCUCUUCCAAGGCGGACAACCGUCCUCUGGCAAAUAUUGUUUCCUGCGCCAAUUGCUUCUACCACUUUGGUCAGACGUAUUGCAGCCACAAAUCUUGGGGCGUAGAGAGGUCUCGACGUAUCUUGAGAACGAGGGGCAAGACGACUGACGAGAUCCAAGCGUUAACGAGUCCCAACUCUGGCCAAACAAAACCGGAUACAAGAACCUCAAAGUCGGUGGUAGGAUAUACCCCUGAGCUACAAGGCGGCUCUACUAUGUCCACCCACAAGCAAGACGAAACAUCUUUACAGAAAUAUGGUAACGACAAGCCUGAGUCCGAGAGCCGGCCCCUGCCUCCAAACAACGCCCAAAGGAACUACGAACCCGCGAAAUCUACCAUCCCUCUGACCGAUGAUCAAAAGGCUCUUUGGAACUACAUUAAGCCACACCUCGCCUUCACCGCAGAGGUUCCUGAAGUAGGCUACAUCAAAGAGCUCCUUUCCCUCCCACGGGUUCGCGACCUCGAGCUCACCCCCAAUGAGCCCUUCGCGGAGAAGCACACGCGAGACAUAGCCGCCCUGAUAAUCCAGGUUACAGGAGACGAACUGGAGAUGCCGUGCACGCGAUGCCGCCGGGAGCAGGGACCAUUGUUCAAGGGGGGCUGCGUCGCCAUCAAGACCGACGCCCACCCGGAAGCCAGGAGGGUUUACCAAAGCUGCGCAAACUGUACCUAUGAUAGCAAGGGUGGCGCGUGCUCUCGUGGCAAGGGAAUUCCUAUGCGACCGCAGCCGCCUUUCCCGCCAAAAGUACCUGGAAUCACCAAGAGUACGGAUGGUGUUUGGUUGAAAAGAAGAGAGGGGGGAGGAGGAUUGCCUAGACACACCACAGCAACAGCAGUCUCGCGGCCACAACGGCAGGCGGCCCUGCCUGCGGCUGCGGCUAGGACUUCGCUUAUCUCGGCCGGCGAGGUUCAGUCGGCGGAUAUGUUUGAUAUGGAAGAGUGGGAGAUGGCGCCUGGUCGAAUCCUCAAAUCAAACACCGACAAACCGAUUAGCGUCGCCUAUUCCAAACCCUUCCUGUCAACCGGCCAUGCAGUCCCAGUCUGGAACGACGUACAGUUCCAGGUCAAGACCAUCUCCACAGGCCAGACCAUUACUAUAGACCCGGAUGACUUCCAGACGCGGCUCGUAUCGAUCGGAACCGGCAAGCUCUGGGUGAAGCUCGGUGAUGAACCUCAGUUCACGAUCGGCCAGGACGGCAUGUUCAGGGUCGAGCCCGGUAUGGCGUGCACGAUUGAGAACCGCGUUUAUGUGGAUGCUACUGUGCAUAUUACGCAUCUUCCAUGGUAAGAUGGGUACCUAAAAUGCGUGGGUCAGGUUGCCGAUGAUCUCUGCUGCGUAGUAGCACUCGGGUGGCCAUACACUACAGAGCCACGAAACUUUGCUUGUCCUGGUCCGCGUCGUCCGGUAUCUGACAAAGCAGGGGGGUUACUCUGGCUCGCAACCGCAAUAUCGGCUUAUUUCCGAGGGAGUUGAGGCGGAGUGUGUCAAGGAGGCUGAAGAAGACUGAACAAGGGAGCAAAGCAUGUGAAGGUCAUGGGAGGUUUCAAGAGUUUGUUAUUUGGGUCAAUGCUGUUAUGUUGUCAUUUGAUUAAUUGGCAGUUUGGAAUUGAGAGCC